GAGGGGGUAGGCAGUGAGCUUUCCAGUAUGGUUAUAGUUCAAUGCUACGAUUCUUGUAGACCCUUAACUAGGUUCCUGAAGCUAGAUAUAUAGAAAGAGAGAAGAUUGGUCAAUUGUAAACAUAUUUGAAAUGGGAUGCACGUGUAUAUGAAAAUUUAACGGACGAAUAAAAGUACUAACAUAUAUUAGUGUAUAAGCCACAGCUAAAAGGCGUACGAGAAUCAUAAGGAGGAAAUUAAGGAGAAAAUAGUAACGAGAGGGACAGAGAAAGAGAUCGUUUAUAUCUGACAGCUAUGAUGAAAGUAUAUUCUUUCGACAAAAGUCUUCACGAGAGGUUUACAGAGUACACCGAUAUACUGAUAAAUCCAGACAAGAUCUUACCCGCCUCUCAAGUUGAGUUGGAAUGGAUUUGCGACACGGAAAUCGUUAUAGAGCCAGCCGGCUGGCAGGCUCUUUGGAACGUACCACUUUCCGUGUGUGCACAAAAUCAAGUUCAUUAUCCGUUGGUGGUUUUGGUGGAGGUGUUGUCGGUUGAUUGUCCUACAUUGUCCGCUUUAGUGAAAAUCAUGUGGGAUGAGAUGGAUAGAUAUCUUACAUUUCCUUCAGAGUGCAAAGUUAAAUUAAUCGAACUGUUUCCAACCAUUGAACAAACCAAUACUACUUUAGAUAUCGUUGGUACUGCACAUUUAAUAGACAAGUUACGAUUUUUUUAUACACAUUUGUGGUUACCAUGGGAUAAUGAGGAAGACGAUAAUGUCGAUUGGGUGAGGCAACACUUGGAGAGUAGACUAAGAUUUGCUUAUGAUAUAAGGAGAGGGUUUAUUGACAAACAAACUUGUGACCUGAUCAGAUCACUGGUGAGAGAAGCAAAACAUAUUUGGGAAAAAAUGUCAAAAUUGGAAAGUAUAAUAACAGGUGAUAAAGAUAAGACCGAUCAAUCCCAGACAGCACCACUUGAAUAUAUGAAUCUUCACCUCCGGCUUCAGCAAAUUAAAUCAGAAAUGGAUAUAUUAGAGAAUGACAAAGUGAGAGAGAUGGUUGUGAAGCAUCAUAAUGUUGUAGAUAAAAAUACAAUGAGCAAAGAUGAAAAAAUAACAUGCUACUUUGUAUGGCUGGAUGGUACGUUAAGAGAACUACAGGAGACUUGUGAUAGAGUUAAAAAAAUGUUACCUAAUGAGUCACUUAUCAAAAUUUCUGGAUAUUUGGAUGAUGUUUUACACUCGUGUAAAACAGGUGAUAUGGUUAUACUAGGUGAAGGAAAACAUAUUAUCAAAGGUGCUGGUGAAUUAGAAACAGGUGGCACAAUUAGAGGAAUAUACAAUACUAGAGAUACUAUCCUUCAUCCAAAAGAAUUCAGUAGUGCGUCAACUUUACUUGAUUUUUCUCACAAUUUUACUGAGGUUCUACUGGAGAAUAUCUGCAUAAGUUUAGGGGAACUUCCAAUAGGCAUAAUUGUCAGAAGUGGACUUGUAAAGAUAAAACAUUGUGUAAUAUCUAAUCUGACCUCAAAAGAAAAAACUGUUCAAACAGGUAUAGUUGUUAUGCCGGAUGCGAGAUUAGUAAUUGAGGACACGCAUUUCGAGUUUUUAGGAACUGCCGUGCUUAUUUGUGCAAAUGGCGAGGCUGUCAUGAAUAACUGUGAGAUCCUUUCGUGUUAUGUGGGUGUACAGCUUAGUGAUGAUUCUAGUCUUAUCGCGAACAAAUGUGUUUUCGACAGUUGUCGUGAACAUGCCAUACGAAUGGAAACUGAUAGAAACAUACCUGAUGAAGCAAGACAUUUUCAAUUUAAUGAGCAGCCAAAUACCAUAUCAGAAAUUAUAUUAAAUGAAUGUCAUUGUGUCCAAUCAGAUUUCGAGGAUAUCGUUUUAAAAUCGAAACGCAUCACACCUGUGGCAGAGUGGUUAGAUGUUAAUCCAAAAAUAUAAAACUUGUAUUAUUUUUUACUGUAUAUUGUUCUUAGUUUAGUACAGGAAUAUUAGUUUAGGGAAAUGGUUAAGAGAAUGGCGCUCGAAACGUUUUUUUUUGUUUUUUACACAAAACUAUAUUAGCAUAAAAUUGGCGUUAGAACUGAUCUCUGCGUAUUUUGGAUCAUUCAAUGUUCGUAAAAUAAAUGAAUCGUAUUUUGCGGGUUCACGCGAUAUACCUCGCAAUCAUGAAAUUUCGAGGUUAUUGAUCGUUGAAGUGUUGAGUCAGUUGUGAAUAGCUGCGCGACGAAUCGAGCUCAUGUGUCAUUUAGUGUUUUCGCGACUUCAACUCGCAAGGUAAGCCUUGCGCACAAAUUAUUGUUGUCGAGAGCAUCAAAAAGAUGAGUACCCCAUGUUCGUUAUGAUGAAAUAUUAAACAGUCGCUGUUAUAUAUGUAAUGGAAAGCCAAUAUCACGCGUAACAAUACAUCGGGUGUGCCGAAUAUUACCGCGUAAUGGUUCAAAUCGUCAGAUCGAUGCAUCUUCUCAGGCAUACAUUAUUUAGAAACGUUUCUAAAACGAACGGUUAGGAAACUUAUGUAAAACCAACAUGUGUUAUCAGAGUUUUUCAAGAAACUUAUCAUCAGGAUAACGAGUGCAAUUCAUUUGUUUGUCGCAUUACGACAGUUUAGAGUUUGAAUCAUUGUAUUUUAUUUAAUUAAUUGAAGAAAAAUUUGUCACAGGCAUUGCCAUACGAAAUUUAAGGCUGUAUGUAAGAGAAAUUUAAUUUAUAUAUUAUAUACGCCAGAGAGAGAGAGAGAGAGAGAGAGGGGGGGGAGAGAGAGAGAGAGAGAGAGAGAGAGACUUAAACCCAAUUUGUAGUAGGAUCUUGAUAAUUAAUGGCAAUUACGUUGAAACAAUUUCGGUGUGAUACGUGACACGCGAUAUCUAGCGAGCAAGCUGCUUUUCUGGAAGAGUUGCGUUCAUUGGAUAUCACGUGUCGCGAUUGCGCUGUCUAGUAGCAAAAAGUCGCGAUCCAUUGGCGCUGUUAACGUUUUGAAACGCCGUAAAGACCAAUCGUGGCUUUUCUUUAAGCGCUUCAAAGCAUUUGCAGCAUCUAAUGAAUCGCACCCAAGGUGUCGCGCGCAUUCGCCAUGAACAGCAGCUCAAAGUUCAAAUUGUGGGAUCGCCAUGUACUUAACGUUCUCUACCCGUCGAAAAAGACACGCGUCGUGAGUUGUGAUCAGGAAUAUCGAGAGCAGCGUCGCUCGUUCGCCGAGCAGCAGUUUGGAAGUUAAAUAGCCGCUCUCGCAAGUCAUCGAAGAAAACUUAGUUAAUUGAUAAAUGACGCAAUCAUUAUUGUAACAAUUGUCUAAUAUAUUUAGAUUCUUAUUCUGAAUUUGCUUUUAUUGACAAAAAUAUCUUAAAAAAAAGUGAUUUUUAGCCAAUCAGAAGGCUUAUACAAGUCAUAUUAGAAGGCAUUUUUACCGACAAAGGAAAGCUCAGAAUAAGGAUCUUAUAGAUCUUACAUAUUUCAAUGUAAUUUUUAAAUAGGACCUAGAUAAUCUCUAACUGUGUGACUGUGUUUAAAUAGUUGUUAAUUAAGGUAAUAAUCCAAAUUAUAGGUUGAAUACCAAUUUCUUCAUACAGCACAAAUGUCCAAAAACAUCCUAAUGAUGUCUCAGAGACACAUCUUCGGAAUGUCUCUGGGAUGUAUUUUGGACACUUAUGCUGUAUGGGUCAGUUCAAACUUGAUUUAUUGAUACAAUUUAAAAAAUAUAUUAAGUGAAAGUAAUUAAAACAGACUUAAUAAAAACACAGACUUUUUAUAUUAUUUAA